AUGAGCUCCAGCCUUGUUAACUCUUUAGCCAAGGUUUAUGAUCCAAACCCUCUUCACGGGCAAAAGCCAGGUGGAAGGAAGCUUUCUCUAAAUGGAUCAGACAAGUCUCAGGCUGCUUCUUCCUCUUCUUCAUCAUCAUCCUCUUGCUCUCCUCAUGAUGUUGCCCUGCGAUCUGUGGAAAGUCGAAUGGACUUCCUGAGCUCUCAGAUGGAGCGUUUGCUCAACAUGCAACAGACUGUCUUGCUCAAGCUGGAUGGCCUGUCGCAGGAUGUCAGGGGUAUGGGUUUGGAUCUAGCUUCAAUACGUGAAGAAAGCCAUGGAAAAAGACGUGGGUCUGGGGUAGAAGCAGUAUGCAGGGAGCUGCAUGGGGCCGUGGAGAGGGCCAGCGAGCACAUGGAGAGUCAGGGACGCAGGUUGGAGGGGGUGGAGAAACUGGUGGAGGGCACCCAGCAGGUGAUAAGCUUCAUCGGUGAGGUGGUAAAGAGCUCCAGGUUGGUGGAGCUUCUGUUCAAACAGCCUGGACGGAAAGCCAACAGGAAGGCAAAGGAUGAUAAGGAAAAAGCCAAGCUGAGCCUGAAAGGUUUAAAGGCCCAGAAAAAGAGAAAACCGCAAGAAACGUCAGACACCUCCUCCCUGAAUGAGCCUGUGCUCCAGGAACAGGUGGAAAAGCUCAACAGGCAGAACACCGAGCAUUCGCACAUAAACAUAGAGGCUGAGGGAGAUGGAAGAAGUGGAAGACAGGAUCUGGAAAAGCUGAUCCUUGAAGAACCGCACACCUCUGUUGCCCAGUCAGACGAAAGGCAGGAGGAGGCUGAGGAAAGACAGGAUGAGGAAGGAGAGGGGGGUAUAUUUGAAGACUCUGAGCCAGAAGAACAAGAAGAAGAAGAAAAGCAAAACGGAGAAGAUGUUAGUCUUGAAAAUCGCGGAAAAGUGAAAGAUGAUGUGAAGACAACGCAUAGAGAAGAAUCAUCAAAAUCAGAAAAAGCCUGGAUCUGCAGGACCUCUGUGCUUCAGUAUGACAGCUCUGAGGAGGCUGGUGAUGUGGCCACUUGUAGCAAACGCCAUGUCCCAGAAGAAGACCUAGGAAAAGAUGACCUCAAAAAGAGCCGGGUGGAGGACGGUAAAGUGGAAAGGGCUGAUGGACAGGUCGUAGAGGGAGCCGGGUCACAGGUCUCCAUAUCUGACCAAGCGAAGACAGAAGAUGAAGGGGAGGCGGCGGAGGAAAUAAAGGAGUUUAUUAUUGACUCAAGUCCUCCGCCGCUUGCACCUUUUGACCACCGCAUCGUUACUCCCAAACCCCACCAGAUCGCCACCUAUUACACUAUCAACAGAGAGGAGGUCCUGGGAGGGGGACGUUUUGGACAAGUCCACAAGUGCGUAGAGAACUCGUCUGGUCUGACUCUGGCUGCCAAGAUCAUCAAAGCCAGGAGCCAGAAAGAGAAGGAGGUGGUGAGGAAUGAGAUCCAGGUGAUGAACCAGCUGAACCACGCCAACCUCAUUCAGCUAUACGCUGCAUUUGAGUCGCGUAACGACAUCAUCCUGGUCAUGGAAUAUGUGGAAGGAGGGGAGCUGUUUGACCGCAUCAUUGACGAGAACUACAACCUCACAGAGUUGGACACGGUGCUGUUUAUACGGCAAAUCAGUGAAGGGCUGCAGUACAUGCAUAAAAUGUACAUCUUACAUCUCGACCUCAAGCCUGAGAACAUUCUUUGUGUCAGCAGAGCUACUAACAAGAUUAAAAUUAUUGACUUUGGCCUUGCCAGGAGGUACAAGCCUAGGGAGAAGCUAAAGGUCAACUUUGGAACACCUGAGUUUUUAGCUCCUGAAGUCAUCAACUACGAGUUUGUGUCAUUCCCCACGGACAUGUGGAGUCUUGGAGUCAUCACCUAUAUGCUACUCAGCGGCUUGUCUCCGUUCCUGGGGGAUGAUGACAACGAGACGCUGAACAACAUCCUGGCCUGUGAGUGGAACUUUGAGGAAGAGGAGUUUAAAGACGUCUCUGAUGAAGCUAAAGACUUUAUCACACGUCUUCUGGUGAAAAGCAAGAGCUGGAGGAUGAGCGCAACAGAGUCCCUCAAACAUCCCUGGCUGUCAGACCGGAGUCUGCACUAUCAACUAAAUCGCAAGAAAACUAAGUGCCACUCCACGCAUGGUCCUCCUUCAGAGAGUAAGACAAAAACUAUGUGAGACCCUCGGCAUGCCUUUUGAUAAUGAAAGGAGCUGGAGCCCAACACUGGACCAAUGCUGCUGUACCUGUAUAUGAACUUGAUAACUACUCUCCUCCAUCCGUCUUCUGCUUAGCUCCAUAUCUUGCAGUUCUGACUCUGGAUAGUGUGAUGCACGGUAAUAAUAGACACUCCUAUUCUGUAGUGUCUGAAAACACUGAUGAUGAAGAACCCAAACUGUUGGACACAUAAAGGCCACGUGAUCUGUCUGCUUCCACAUAUAUCACAGAUCAGCUGUGUAUAGCAUCAAACCAUCAUUGUUAUUCAUCCACAGUUUGUCAUAUUGUCCUGUUUUCUUGCAUGCUUUGCACUUUCUUCAUUUAUUUUCUCUAAGAGUCAGAAAACAUUUUUAAACACAAUAUAGACUGAAUUCUCUUAUUUGAAUAAUAUAUUUUUGCGAUUUUUUUUCUUUUAAUUUACAAGUCUUAUAAAAACUAAAUGUUUUUUUCUUGAACAUAAGUUUAAGUAUAUUUAGAAUUUGAUUGAAUUUGAAAUCAUAGCUGAUUAAUUUAUUUUGUGUACAGCACAGCACUGCAUACCCUCACUUCCCCUUGAGGAGUGACAAAAUGUUAGUGAUCAGUGAACCAGUGAAUAUAUCUUGGUUUGUGCCAUCGUUCACCCUAAUUUUUAAGCCCGCUUCACCUUCUGUAUGCAUUUAUGCCACCACCUUGUCUUGCUUCGGCAGUUUGGAGUAGCCCUUUCACCUUCCAUGAAGGCAUAACGAACAACAGAAUACUACCUGUGAAUAAUAUAUAUAUAUAUUUUCAUGACUGAAGUGGAUUCUUAUGUUCAUUUAUUUACUGGUUCAACACCAGAAUGUACUUGAAGAGCUUUUGUUCAAUAAGUGAUUUUUUUCAAGGGAGAAGAGCAGGAUUUAAUGUAGUUAUGCACACAUGGUAAGUGCAUCUGUGCAGCUCAGUUUGAUGGAGAGCCAACAACAGAGCAGAGAAGACACCAGCCAUUGAUUUGUCAUCCCUAUCAAGGUGAUGAAAACUGAAUGUGAAUUCAACGCUCAGUUGUUUGCUUUUCCAUUUGGAAGCAGAAAAGCUCUGUGAAUUCAAUACUUGUGCAUUUGAAUUUAUUAUUUCUUUUUCAGGUUUUCUUGUGCAAUGAUGAGAGAUCAGUAAUUAUGAAAUAUUAAUAUGUUAAUAAAUAAC